AGCCCCUUCUCGCUGCCGGGCCGGGGCGGCAGCUCCGCCGGCCGCAUGCCCGGAGCGGGGCAGGAGCCGGAGGGCGCAAGGCCGAAACAGCAGCAACAGAAUAAUUUUUCCUUGUUUUCUUCCACCAAGGGCUGGAAUUUCAGAGGGAAAAAACGGAAACAGAGUACUCAAGAUGAAGAUACAAUCAGUAUCUGCAGCCUGGAUACAAGUGAGCCCAGUAACAAACGGGUCAAGCCUCUUUCCAGAGUCACAUCCCUGGCCAACCUCAUCCCCCCUGUGCGAGCCACUCCGCUGAAGCGUUUCAGCCAGACCCUGCAGCGCUCCAUCAGUUUCCGCAGCGAGAGCCGCCCCGAGCUGUUCAGCCCGCGGCCCUGGUCCCGCAGUGGGCCCCCUGCCAGCACCAAGAGGAGGGACAGCAAACUCUGGAGUGAGACCUUCGAUGUCUGUGUCAAUCACAUGCUUACAUCCAAGGAAAUCAAGAGGCAAGAGGCUAUCUUUGAACUUUCCCAGGGAGAAGAAGACCUGAUAGAAGAUCUGAAGUUGGCAAAAAAGGCUUAUCAUGACCCAAUGCUUAAGCUUUCCAUAAUGACAGAGCAAGAGCUGAACCAAAUUUUUGGAACACUGGACUCUCUAAUUCCUCUGCACGAAGAUCUUCUCAGGCGACUCCAAGAAGUCAGGAAACCUGAUGGAUCAACAGAUCAUGUUGGCCACAUCCUUGUGGGUUGGCUGCCAUGCCUGAACUCCUAUGACAGCUACUGCAGCAAUCAAGUAGCAGCCAAAGCUUUAUUGGACCACAAGAAACAAGACCACAGGGUGCAGGAUUUCCUGCAGCGCUGCCUGGAGUCUCCCUUCAGCCGCAAACUGGACCUCUGGAACUUCCUUGACAUCCCCAGAAGCCGUUUGGUGAAAUACCCUCUGCUGCUCAGAGAAAUCCUAAGACAUACACCAAAUGAUCAUCCAGAUCAACAGCAUCUGGAGGAAGCUAUAAAUAUAAUUCAGGGCAUUGUGGCUGAAAUCAACAUCAAGACUGGUGAAUCUGAAUGCCAAUAUUACAAAGAGAGACUUAUUUAUCUUGAGGAAGGCCAAAGGGAUUCAUUGAUUGAUAAUUCACGUGCUGUGUGUUGUCAUGGGGAACUGAAGAACAACAGGGGAGUGAAGCUGCACGUGUUCCUGUUUGAGGAGGUGCUGGUGAUCACUCGGGCCGUGACGCACAACGAGCAGCUGUGCUACCAGCUGUACCGGCAGCCCAUCCCCGUGCGGGAGCUGCUGCUGGAGGACCUGCAGGACGGGGAGGUGCGCCUGGGCGGCUCCCUGCGCGGGGCCUUCAGCAACAACGAGAGAAUCAAAAACUUCUUUCGAGUCAGCUUCAAGAAUGGCUCCCAAAGCCAGACUCACUCUCUCCAAGCCAAUGACUCGUUCAACAAGCAGCAGUGGCUGAACUGCAUCCGGCAGGCCAAGGAGAAGGCGGCGGCGGGCACGGCGGGCACGGCGGGGGCGCGGUUCCCUGGGUGCCCACGGGCACCGGCCCCGGAGCGCAUGGAGCAGUCGGACUGCGACUCUGACUGCAGCAUGGACACCAGCGAGCUCGGCGCCGACUGCGAGCGCAUGGAGCACACGAACUCCUGGGACAGCCAAAAGCAAAUAGAAACCAAUGUUUGACAAAAACUUACCGCUCCUGGAAGAAAGUCUGUCUCUUACCUGUACAGUAUUUGCAUUCCAUGCGUGGAACCGUUCGGAGAAGCACUUUUAGAAUAUUUUUUGUGACAAUGUCAAUGCAGUUCUUGUAUUUGUACCUGUGAGUGUCGUACUGUAACUGCCCAUCUGUAUAAGCUGGAAUCUCUUGCAACUCGUGUCCUGUGAUUAUGUUCCAUAAACACCCAAGGUGGAUGAAAGAGGUACUUGACCAGUUAUUCUCAAUGUCCUGCUGUAAACAGAAUCUCUAAACUACUGUUUAUAUUUGCAUUACAUAAAUAACCUUUCCCUAAUUUUUAAGUAUUUUAUUUGCCCUUUAAAGGCGCAGCUGAAGAUGUGUUCUUUAUAUAGAAUUUCAAGAUAAUAAGUUUUCUUAAAGGUAUGGAAAGAAAAAGUAGUUUCUUGGAACAAGAAAGAAAAC